GAUGGAUGGAUGAUGGAUGGGUGGAUGGACAGAUGGAUGGAUGCAUGGAUGGACAGAUGGACAGGUGGAUGCAUGGAUGCAUGGAUGCAUGGGUGAUGGCUGGGUAUGUGGAUCGGUAUAUGGAUAGUGGAUAUGUGGACCUGUGGUUGGAUGACAGAUGGGUAUGUGGACGGAUAGAUGGACAGGUGGCUGACUGGCUGGCGGGUGGAGAUCACUCCUCGGUCCCCUUCAUGUAUGGGAUUUAUACUGGUCCUGAGUUGAGCCUCCCUGUGUACAGCUGUACUGAUGGUCUGGGCUUGGUUGUAGAAGAGGAGAUGAACUGACCAACUUAGUUACUUCUCAUUACAAUAACAAAAUACCCAACACUCAAGAGAAGGAAAGGUUUAUUUUAACUCAUAGUUCGUAGGGGUUUCAGUCAGCUGGCUCCAAGGCAGGUGGUGGGCAGAGGGGCAUCACAGAGGAGACAGUUGAUGGUAGGGCUGGCAGGAGGCCAACAGCAGCCUGUCCUGUGGCCCUUACGUACCAUCCAGCCUGCAGGCUGAUGGAUUGGUGCUACCCAUACCCAGGGUGUGCCUUUCAUCAUCCACACCCAGAACUGUGCUAAACCAACCUGGCUUCCAUAUACCUUAACCCCAGUAUUACUCCCUGGGUCCAGCAGCUCUGAAAGCCCCACCUGUGAGCACGUGAGUCUUCAGGGCACAUCUAAAGACAAGCCUUCAGGACACUUGGGAAAUGCCUCACUCUCAGCAUACUGCAAAGACCCUCAGUUGAGGUGAGUACCAGGUUUGCUGAGCCUUCUGGAGCCGCCAGCCAUGCCCGGGAUCGUGGUGUUCCGGCGGCGCUGGUCUGUGGGCAGCGAUGACCUCGUCCUGCCGGCCGUCUUUCUCUUCCUCCUGCACACCACCUGGUUUGUGAUCCUGUCUGUGGUGCUCUUCGGCCUGGUCUACAGCCCACACGAGGCCUGCUCCCUGAAUCUGGUGGAUCACGGCCGUGGCUACCUGGGCAUCCUGCUGAGCUGCAUGAUUGCUGAGAUGGCCAUCAUCUGGCUAAGCAUGCGCGGGGGCAUCCUCUAUACAGAGCCCCGAGACUCCAUGCAGUACGUGCUCUACGUGCGCCUGGCCAUCCUAGUGAUUGAAUUCAUCUACGCCAUCGUGGGCAUCGUGUGGCUCACGCAGUACUACACCUCCUGCAAUGACCUCACCGCCAAGAACGUCACACUCGGAAUGGUUGUCUGCAACUGGGUAGUCAUCCUCAGCGUGUGCAUCACUGUCCUCUGUGUCUUCGACCCCACGGGCCGCACCUUUGUCAAGCUGAGGGCCACCAAGAGGAGACAGCGCAAUCUGCGGACCUACAACCUGCGGCACCGCCUGGAGGAGGGCCAGGCUACCAGCUGGUCCCGCCGGCUGAAGGUAUUCCUGUGCUGCACCCGCACCAAGGACUCGCAGUCCGACGCCUACUCGGAAAUCGCCUACCUCUUCGCUGAGUUUUUCCGGGACCUGGACAUUGUGCCCUCCGACAUCAUCGCCGGGCUGGUGCUGCUCCGCCAGCGGCAGCGGGCCAAGCGCAGCGCGGUGCUGGAUGAGGCGAACAAUGACAUCUUGGCCUUCCUGUCCGGGAUGCCGGUGACCAGAAACACCAAGUAUCUCGACCUCAAGAACUCACACGAGAUGCUGCGCUACAAGGAGGUCUGCUACUACAUGCUGUUCGCCCUGGCGGCCUACGGCUGGCCCAUGUACCUGAUGCGCAAGCCUGCCUGCGGCCUCUGUCAGCUAGCACGCUCGUGCUCCUGCUGCCUGUGCCCCACGAGGCCCCGGUUUGCCCCUGGUGUCACCAUCGAGGAGGACAACUGCUGUGGCUGCAACGCCAUCGCCAUCCGGCGCCACUUCCUGGAUGAGAACAUGACAGCGGUGGACAUCGUCUACACCUCCUGCCACGAUGCGGUGUAUGAAACCCCCUUCUACGUGGCCGUGGACCACGACAAGAAGAAAGUGGUGAUCAGUAUCCGAGGAACCCUGUCCCCCAAGGAUGCCCUGACAGACCUGACCGGUGAUGCUGAGCGCCUCCCUGUGGAGGGUCACCGCGGCACCUGGCUGGGCCACAAGGGCAUGGUGCUGUCCGCCGAGUACAUAAAGAAGAAGCUGGAGCAGGAAAUGGUGCUGUCACAGGCCUUUGGGCGUGACCUAGGCCGAGGAACCAAGCACUAUGGCCUGAUCGUGGUGGGCCACUCCCUGGGUGCAGGCACGGCGGCCAUCCUGUCCUUCCUCCUGCGCCCACAGUACCCAACCCUCAAGUGCUUUGCCUAUUCACCCCCAGGGGGCCUGCUGAGGAGCUGCCCAGAGCCCCCUGAAUCCCUGGACUUCCCUUGCAGUGAGGACGCCAUGGAGUACUCCAAAGAGUUCGUGACGGCCGUGGUUCUGGGCAAGGACCUGGUCCCCAGGAUUGGCCUGUCACAGCUGGAGGGCUUCCGCAGGCAGCUGCUGGAUGUCCUGCAGCGCAGCACCAAGCCCAAGUGGCGAAUCAUUGUGGGGGCUACCAAGUGCAUCCCCAAGUCGGAGUUACCCGAGGAAGUAGAGGUGACCGCGCUGGCCAGCACCCGGCUCUGGACGCACCCCAGUGACCUAACUAUCGCCCUGUCAGCCAGCACCCCGCUCUACCCACCAGGCCGCAUCAUCCAUGUGGUUCACAACCAUCCAGCUGAGCACAGCUGCUGCUGUGAGCAGGAGGAGCCCACCUACUUCGCCAUCUGGGGUGACAACAAGGCCUUCAACGAGGUGAUCAUCUCACCGGCCAUGCUGCACGAGCACUUGCCCUACGUGGUCAUGGAGGGUCUCAACAAGGUGCUAGAGAACUACAACAAGGGGAAGACGGCACUGCUGUCCGCGGCCAAGAUCAUGGUGAGCCCCACUGAGGUGGACCUGACGCCCGAGCUCAUCUUCCAGCAGCAGCCACUGCCCACAGGGCCCACACUGCCCGCUGGGCUGGCUCUGGAGCUGCCAACCACUGAGCAGCACAACAGUAGCACCAGGAGCAAGUCCCAGUCCGAGGUGAGCCUGGAGGGCUUCUCCGAGGGCCGGCUGCUGUCCCCCGCAGCGGCUGCAACCACCCGCCAAGACCCCGUGGAACUGCUGCUGCUAUCCACACAAGAGCGGCUGGCAGCUGAGCUACAGGCCCGGCGGGCGCCACUGGCCACCAUGGAAAGCCUGUCGGACACUGAGUCACUGUACAGCUUCGACUCACGCCGCUCCUCGGGCUUCCGCAGCAUCCGUGGCUCACCCAGCCUGCACGCUGUGCUAGAGCGCGGCGAGGGCCACCUCUUCUACAUUGACCCGGCCAUUCCCGAGGAGAACCCGUCCCUGAGCUCCCGCACUGAGCUGCUGGCCGCCGACAGCCUGUCCAAGCACUCACAGGACACGCAGCCGCUGGAGGCCGCCCCGGGCAGUGGCGGUGCCACCCCCGAGCGGCCCCCAAGUGUGGCCCGUACUGAGGAGGAGGCGGUGUCAGUGGUGGCCACAGACAGUGGUGGGGCGCCUUUUGGGGAGCUGGCCCUGCACAACGGCCGCCUGGGGGACUCUCCCAGCCCACAGGUGCUGGAGUUCGCCGAGUUCAUUGACAGCCUCUUCAACCUGGACAGCAAGAGCAGCUCCUUCCAGGACCUGUACUGUAUGGUGGCGCCUGAGAGCCCCACCAGUGACUAUGCUGAGGGUCCCCGCUCCCCCAGCCAGAAGGAGAUCUUGCUGCGGGCCCAAUUUGAGCCCAACUUGGUGCCCAAGCCCCCGCGGCUGUUCGCUGGCUCAGCAGAGCCAUCCUCGGGCAUCUCCCUGUCCCCAUCCUUCCCACUCAGCUCCUCGGGUGAGCUCAUGGACCUCUCACCCACGGCCCUCAGCAGCCAGGAGUAUCUGACGGCCGAGCAGGGCCGGACCUCCACUCCUGCCGGCCAAGGGGAUGACCUGGUCAUCCCAGCACGCUAGUUGGCACUGAGUGCUGCCACCAGGCUGGGUGGCUCUGAGGGGCUGGGUGGCCUCUAGCUGGGGCGCUGUAGUAAGUUGGGGGUAUGUAUCCCUACCUCAGCCUGGGACCCCCAGAGCCAGGCAGCAGGAACCUGGCCCUGUGGGGGAGGGCAGGUGGCCAGGGAGGCUCAUCGGAGGGCAUCCUAUUCCCCAGUUGCAGGCAGGUGUGGGCAGCUAUCCCCCCCCUGCUGCUAGCACUCGUUGGCACCUGCCCUGCCACUCCCAGCUCUGGUGCCUGCUGGCCAGCCCCUGGGGUGGCCUUGCCAAGGUGGCCACAGUGCUGCGUUUACAGAAGCUACCCACAUGGCCCAGGCUAUGCCACAAACUCCUGUGCUCUGUCUUGGGGUUAGGGAUGCAUAGGACUCCCCCGUCUCUGCUCCACUGCCCAUGGUCCUGGGUACCCCAGCCUGCCCGACCUACUUGCUGUUUUCUGGCCCCCUUCCACCCUCAGGGACCCUGGCCACUCAAAGGGUGGUGGGCACUGCCAGUACCACCCCUGGCUGCAGAGUCAGCGCCCUGUGGGGAGAGAACACACCCAAGCCCCUUCCUCAGAGGGCCUCCUUGCCCUUUUGCACCCCUGCACCAUGCCCAGCAGCCUUGGCCUGGAAUCUGAAGCCAAAUGCACUCCUGCCCCUGCCCUUGCUGGCCUGGGCCCUCCUGGGGCCCAGGCUACCCCUGUUCUCUGGGCAGGAAGUAGGGCCCAGUGCAGACCCUGUACUCGUCAGGGGUGGCUCCUUCCCUGCUGGGCAGGGAGGCCAUGCAUGCUGGCACAGGUGCGUAUGUGCAUGCGCCUUCUUGAGGGGCCCCGCCUCCUCAGCCCAGUCAGAAAAAGGUGCAGGGUGGCAGCUCCAUCCUGCAGUGUGGUUCCUCCAGCCUGUCCCUCCUUGGGCCACCCCAUCCCCUACCCUGACCCUGACCCAUCUGUUGUCACCUGUACUUGGGCCUGGGUGCUCCUACCACACAUGGCUGGGACCAGCUGCUGCCCCUCACUGGACAGAGGUUUGAGGCCUGUAGAGGGAGCUGGGUCUCCCUCUUUCUGCAUCCCUGCCACACACCAGGCCCCACCCACACCCCUGCCCAGCCCCAAAGCAAGACAAGUCAGUGGCUCCUGGAACCCGAACCACUGGACUACCCCUCAGUCGGAUAGACAAGGAGCCCCUCCACCAGGGGCAUGGUCUAGCCCGGGGCGCCUGCACCAUCAGGCACAGGCCAUCCCCAACCCCGGCUGCCGCCGCACGGCCUUGCACACUGGCCGGGGUCCCUGCCAGCCUGAAGGACGGCACUGCACGACCCCGUCCAUGGUGGGGGCCUGAGCCACCCUCAGCCUGGGGCUCGGACAGCCCCGACCCGCAGCACAAGCUCUCCACGGGCUGUUCCGCCCGCACUCGUGCCAUCCCCAACUUUUGUACCUGAUGUACAAAGGCCCACACUCCCUGCUGUACAGAGGAGCAACAGAGCUCUAUAGCUUAUCUAUACAUAGACCUGUACAUACGGGUUCUGUACAUGGGGUAGAGCUGUGUAUAAAUGGACAUAGGAACUCGC